AUGCAGACAGGAGGGGUGGAGUUCACAGCUCUUACUUUUCAAACGCUGCUCUGGCAAAAGAGCUCAUUCUUUGCCUGGUAAACAGCGGAGUGGGCUCUGAUGCGUCCUGGCAUGUGAUCCCACUUUAGUUAAAUCAAUCGCCUCACUGCUGCAGCCUCCCAAUAAACUUUCCAUGCUGUUGCCCGUCCAAUGGACAGCACUUAGGAGGUUUGUCUGGACCGUAUCCGCUACUGCUCGCUCAUCCGCUGCGCUCCGGCUCUCCGCCGUCGGCUCUCCAGGUUCAUAGGGACUCACGCGGCUCGGGGAGCUGGCCCGGGUCUCCUGCACACAUGGAGGGAGACGUUAUGGACAAAGUGGAGGCCACGGCGACGGUCUGUGACUUUGACCCCAUCAGUGGGAGCAUCCCGGCCACCAAAGUGGAGAUCACCGUGUCCUGCAGGGAUCUCCUGGACCGAGACACUUUCUCCAAAUCUGACCCAUUGGUGGUGUUGUACACGCAGGGCGUCGAGUCCAAACAGUGGAGAGAGUUUGGGAGAACAGAGGUGAUAGACAACACGCUAAACCCAGACUUUGUCAGGAAGUACAUCCUGGACUACUUCUUUGAGGAGAAGCAGACCCUGCGCUUUGACGUGUAUGACAUUGAUUCUAAAAGUCCAGAUCUGUCAAAGCAUCCUACCGACUUAAACGACUUCCUGGGACAGAUCUACUGUACACUGGGAGAGAUUGUGGGCUCACCUGCCAGUCGCCUGGAGAAACCUCUCGGUGGCAUACCUGGGAAGAAAUGUGGGACCAUUAUCUUGUCUGCUGAGGAGCUGGGAAACUGCAGAGAUUAUGCCACCAUGCAAUUCUGUGCCAACAAACUAGAUAAAAAGGACUUCUUUGGAAAGUCAGACCCCUUCAUGGUCUUCUACAGAAGCAACGAGGAUGGCACGUUUACCAUUUGCCACAAGACCGAAGUGGUGAAGAACACGCUGAACCCUGUGUGGCAGCCCUUCUCCAUCCCUGUCAGAGCGCUCUGCAAUGGAGACUAUGAUAGGACAAUUAAAGUGGAGGUGUAUGACUGGGACAGAGACGGGAGCCAUGAUUUCAUCGGUGAAUUCACCACCAUUUAUAAAGAGCUAUGUCGGGGUCAGAACCAGAUAAACGUCUACGAGGUGGUGAACGCCAAGAAGAAAAUAAAGAAAAAGAGAUACAUCCACUCUGGGACGGUGUCCUUGUUGUCAUUCAAUGUGGAGUCAGAGCACACAUUCCUGGAUUACAUCAAAGGAGGGACUCAGAUUCACUUCACAGUGGCCAUUGAUUUCACUGCAUCAAACGGAAAUCCGUCCCAGUCCACUUCACUGCACUACAUGAACCCGUACCAGAUGAAUGCCUAUGCUAUGGCCCUGAAGGCCGUGGGAGAGAUCAUCCAGGACUACGACAGUGAUAAGAUGUUCCCUGCCCUGGGAUUCGGUGCUAAGCUGCCCCCUGAUGGGAGGGUCUCCCACGAGUUCCCUCUGAAUGGCAACAUUGAGAACCCGUACUGUAACGGCAUGGAGGGGAUUCUCGAAGCUUACCAUCAAAGCCUUAAGACGGUUCAGCUGUAUGGACCCACCAACUUUGCUCCUGUUGUUAAUCAUGUGGCAAGUUAUGCAGCAGCAGUGCAGGACGGGUCUCAGUACUUUGUGCUGCUCAUCAUCACUGAUGGCGUCAUAUCAGACAUGGCUCAGACCAAGGAGGCCAUAGUGAAUGCAGCCAAGCUCCCCAUGUCUAUCAUCAUUGUUGGAGUUGGCCAAGCUGAGUUUGAUGCCAUGAUUGAGCUGGAUGGUGAUGACAUCAGGAUUUCCUCGCGGGGGAAGUUGGCAGAGAGAGAUAUUGUACAGUUUGUCCCAUUCAGAGACUACAUGGACCGCACAGGCAACCACGUGCUGAGCAUGGCGCGGCUGGCUAAAGACGUACUGGCCGAGAUCCCUGACCAGCUGAUCUCCUACAUGAAGAGCAGAGGCAUUAAACCUAACCCUGUCCCAGCGACUUACUCGUUUGGGGAUCAACCCCAGACCAACCCCGUCUGAGACCCACACACAGUUCCGCAUUGGGUUGGGGCAGGGUCGUGGUUGAGGGGUACCAGCCUUCACAACCAUCUUUUGGGAAGAAAUGGAAACGCUUUUAAGGCCCUUUCGUAAAUAUUAUUUCGGCUAAACAAAAAAGUAGAUGAGACUCCAUUUUGUUUUGGAGAAAUACAACUGCUUUGGGUGAACAAGCUGAUGAUCAGGGAGUUUUUUCUCUCUGUGGAUGAGAGCACUGAGAGGAGCUCGGUGUAGAAGGAGGUUUUAGUUGUUCGCUGUCAAACCUGUCAGUGGUGAUGUAAUGGAUAGCAAGUAAACCCGUAGAGAGAGCCUGUAUGAAGGCAUAAAUAUAUUAGAAUGUGCCAGUGUGUAUCAUGUUUGUGAUACCUUUUGGAAUUGGUGUGUGUUAUACUAGGAAAACAUAUGUAUACUAAUUUAUUUAUUUAUUUAUUGCAGAAAUAAUUUAUUAAUAGGGUGGGGAUUAAAGUCAUAUUUUCCCUGUAGUUUUCAAUCUUAUAUUUUGUGACUAGUGUAAUAAAAAAGAUCCCCAUUUCUACUUUGAUAAGCACUGUAAUAUAAAAGCAUGUGAUAAGACCUAUUCAGCAGCUAAUGAAUCAUUUUCACUGAUGGAUCAUUUUUGUUUGUAAGCCGUUAUGUAGAGGACCUGCUGUGAGCUGUUGCCAUACUGAUUUUCCAGCUCCAUGUCUUAUACGUAUUUCUAAUAUUUAUAUUAACAGUAUGCACUAAUUACUGUCCAAAUGAAAAGCACAAAGAUUACAACGUUAAUAAGCUCAAAACCAUUAUCGCAAAGAAAAUGAAAGGACCCCACAUUAUGUUCUCAACACGGCUUUAGCAUCAGUUCAAACCAGAUGAAACAUUGAAUGUUUAUAAAGAAAUGACUAUAC